AUGCCGGCCUGGUCCUUUGUGGAAUUAUCAUGUAGUUUCUUGAGCCCCAAGAUGGUGGGUGUCUCGCCUUUCUUCGCGCCGCUUGAGGAGCGUCUCAGCACUGAGCCGCCGAGCUUGUCGAACGCGCUCUGGGAAUACAUGCACUGCACGAAGCGGGCCAUCAAUACUCGCAUUAUUGGCUUCUGCGAGCCAACGCUGAAACAGUGCGUGGAUGAUCUCGUGCUGUAUACAAAGGCGUCCAAGUGGGGAGGCUCUGAUGCGGCUUCAUUAGAGGAGGUGCUAAGACGGCGGCGCGGGGACGUUGACAUCGAUUCGUUGCCCUGGGAGCCGCGUGAGUCGUACAGGCAGUGGCUGAUCAAGCAGGGAAGAAUGAGUGAGCCUUGA